AGAUUCUGAAAUCUGGGUACAGAAUGCUCAAGAUGUUGCUGGGUGUGACGUUACUGACCCUCGUCGCGAUUGCGACCGCAGACUCCGGGACCAAGGAUCCCCAUUACUGGGACAACCACGAUGUCAUGGUGCAUCUCUUCGAGUGGAAAUGGAGCGAUAUUGCAGAUGAAUGUGAAAACUUCCUUGCCCCGCAAGGAUACGGAGGUGUCCAGGUCUCACCUCCGAAUGAAAAUCUGAUAAUUUCCGACAGGCCAUGGUACGAACGCUACCAGCCAGUUUCUUACAUACUGACGACUAGAUCUGGCACUGAGGAUGAAUUCAAGGAUAUGGUAGAACGUUGCAACACUGUUGGCGUCAGAAUUUACGUGGAUGCAGUCUUCAACCAGAUGUCCGCAUUGGCAGACGAUGGCUCUUAUGGUACUGCCGGAUCUCAGGCUUACUACUCGAUAAGGUCAUGGCCCGGAGUCCCCUACACUUCGGACGACUUUCACUCGUCCUGCUCCAUCACGGACUACACAGAUGCUACUAACGUCCGAGACUGCUGGCUGGAUGGUCUAGCGGAUCUUGACCAAUCGACUGAAGAUGUCCGCGAAAAGGUCGCGGCAUACUUAAACGGACUCAUCGAGAUGGGCGUAGCUGGAUUCCGUAUCGACGCAGCUAAGCACAUGUGGCCCGAAGACUUGGAGAACAUUUACGACCGCCUGGAGACUCUUGAUAUCUACCAGGGCUUUGCCUCAAGUCUUAGCCCGUUCCUCUACCAGGAGGUCAUUGAAUCCAGCGGCGAAGCAAUUACCGCAUCGGAGUACACAGACCUUGGAAGAGUCACCGAAUUCGCUCAUGGUUCGCAGCUGAGUAACUGUUUCAUGGGAAACAACGACCUCAGGUGGUUGAUCAACUGGGGUGAAGACUGGGGUCUUAUGUCAUCCGACGAUGCCCUAGUGUUCAUCGACAACCAUGACACCCAGCGCAGUGACAGCUCAAUCCUCACGUACAAGGAUGCGAAGGCGUACAAGAUGGCGGUCGCGUUCAUGUUGGCUCAUCCCUAUGGUACUGUGCCCCGAGUAAUGAGCUCCUUUUCGUUCACCGACAGUGACGCUGGUCCACCCGCAGACACCGAUGGCAGCAUCCUCUCUCCCAUAUUCUAUUCCGACAACAGCUGCGGAAACGGAUGGGUCUGCGAGCAUCGUUGGCGACAGAUCUACAACAUGGUUGCAUUCCGUAAUGCUGUAAAGGGGACCGAACUCUACGAGUGGUGGGAUAAUGAAAGCAAUCAAAUUUCCUUCUGCCGCGGUAGCGCCGGAUUCGUCGCAUUCAAUCUGGACACCUGGGACCUCCAACAGACCCUUCAGACCUGCCUUUCCGCUGGUACCUACUGUGACGUCAUAUCCGGCAGCUUGGUGGACGGUAGCUGUACAGGAAAGUCCGUAACCGUAGGCAGCGACGGUACCGCUUAUAUCGAGCUAUUGACCACUGAGGAAGACGGUGUACUUGCUCUUCAUGUUAACGCCAAGCUGUAGUGGCGUUAAUUUCACUCUGAUUAUCUCCAAUAAUGGCACAACUGUUUCAAAUGUAAAAAUUACAUUUUUGAUCUAAAAUUGGAGAGACUUCUUGUUGAAUAUAUGUUGAUUAUGUUAUAGUUUUACGUAUUUUUGCAAUCAUCAUAUGAGGUACUAUAUAAGUACACCGUGCACUACGUACAUUCAUUUGUUUUUUGUAUUUGAGUGAAGACUUAGCAAGCAGAGUGAUUGACGCUUUCCAAUUCGCAUCAGGUUCAAAAGUUGUACAUGUAUACACUGGAUCUUUCUACAAAAUAAUUAUCAGCAUUCACGACCUACCUGUCGUUUUUUUUUGUCACAAAAAAUCCAAACAAAUAAUAAGAAACCAUAUAUAUAUAUAUAUAUAGACUAGUAGCUAUAUCGAGGAACUAUAUUACUCAAUAUCUAUAAGGAUAUCUACGAACAACAUCGAAACGUUUGUUAGACGUCUAGCAUAUCAAAAAAUGAUGACAUAUAAAUAUUAUACCGAAAAAAUAUAACUGUAGCUAGUUAUCACUAUAAUAUGUCUAUAAUUUACGAACUACACCAAAAUACUUCAAUUGGAGAUAUUUAUUCUCAAAUUGCUGUAGGUAUAUCUCGAAUUACGCCGCAAAUUAUUGUUUAUCGUUUCCAAAGUCUUUGACAAUUAAUUGAUCAUAAUGAACAAUGAUAGAAUUCUUUUUUAUUUCGAGUUAAUAAUUAUUUCUCUUAAAUCUGCGUAGCGUUCCCCUGUCAAAACGAAGUAGAGGUUCAAGUAUUAAGACAUUAAAAUAUUAUUACGGACUUUUACAGCCGUAAGUAAUGUGAAAAAAUUUUCAUUGCAAAUAAUCCAAUCAAUUUUUCACUGCGAGAAAAAUGUAUUUGUAGUCAUUUAACCCCGGGGUGGAUUACCGUAGUACAAAUACCUUUGAAUAUCAGAGUCUUGAGUAGUCUGAACUGAAUCUAUAACAUGUAAAUUGUGGAUAUUAUGUAAUAAUAAUCCAGGUAUAUAUAUAGCGAAAAAGAUUUGCAACGAAUACGUUCACAUUAUAUUCGCUUUGGCACGAGUAUAUUAAUUAGAUCGCAUUUUUUGCCAAGAUUCCAUUUGCACGCCGUUGCGAAAUGUUCCGAGAUAUUUGAGUAUGCAAAAUCGGGGUGAGUCAGGAAUAAGGUAGUGGCACACGUCAUGUCGAACUGACGUAGUAGCACCGAUCAAUUCUUAGUACCCUGCCACGCGACUAUGUCGCAUUAUUAACAAUUAAUGGCACAUAUAACGAGAUCGUUUGUGUAGACUAUUAGAAACAUCGCAGCUCAAGUCAUCAAUUGAGAUAAGAUAUGCAUACGCAAUGCUAAUACAUAGGAAUUACGUAUACUAAAGUUUCUUCGAGAAUAAUAUUAUUGUCUACUUAAUUACAGGUCAAAUAUAAAACUUUUCCCUUUAUUCAUCCACAAAAAAUUGUCUUCGAUUAAUUGAAUGGGAAUUUAAUACAGUGAAACACGAAACAACAUAUACGUCGAUUUUAUUAAUUAUCUAAAAAUAAACACGAGAAAGGUAAUGUGAAGAAAAAAAAACUAUGAAUAACACAAUAAGAUAUAUUAAAUAACAGCAAAUUUAAGAUAGCAUGAAAUCACCGUGUGUAUUACCCCUGAAUUUCACCAAUUUUAUAAAUUACCGUUAUCCUUAUUGUACUAUACAAUCAAUUAGUAAGAAUCAAAUUUCACUUCCUGAUAUGGCUCGUCACAAACCACGAGGCACAGCGCCAGUCCGCAAGCAGGUUUUAGAACGCUCGAACAAUCAACGAACAACUACCCAAACAACAGGUAUUUGAUAAGAUCGAUUAUAAAAAGAAGUUAUAAACGUAUUCAAUUGUGGGCGAGCCACGUCAGGAGUGCAAAAUUUUAUCCAUAGUUACAGCAAGUUAUAUAUAUAGUAAAUAUAAGUAUAUAUAUAUAGUAUGUUCUCUUGUAUGAAAUAACAUAAGUGUAUUUAUUUAUAUUUAUAUACACACAAGGUGUCACAGUUUGUGAACUCACAAUUUUUCAAUACUCUUUAGCAUGAAGCCGAAUGAGAUCCAUUAUUUUACAUAUAAAGUUAUGGACUCUCUAUGGGAAAUUUUGUAACCACAACAAGUUUUAGAAUAUUUUCAGUGAAAGUUGUUGAAAUGU